UAUAGUUAAUGCUAUAUAUUAAUGUUUUGCCAUUGACACGUAUACAAAUACGACUCACCGCCGCAUGAUCUUACCCACAACCAACCUCCGGGAUGUCUGCAAAGAGUGAGAACAAGCAGUCCAUCAAAGCUCUUGAAGAGUUGCUCAACCGCCUUACCGUCUGUGACGAGGCUCAAGAGGUCGAUGCCGCCUCUUCCUUGGCCUCUUUCAUCAACGGUCCCAUCGAGGAGCAAGAUGCCCCUACCACCAUCUUCAACUCCUUGAAGAAGCAAGUCGGUGACAAGAAGAACCCUGUCGCCCGUGAGCGUGCUUUGAAGGGCAUUGAGGCUGUUGCCAAGUUCCCCAACGUCGCUGCCGAUGUUGAGCCUUUCUUGGUCGAGCUCUUGCCUGCUGUUCUUGAGAAGGUUGCUGACAAGCUUCCCGCCGUCAAGAACGCUGCUAUUGCUGCUUCCCAAGCUAUUGUUCGUGCCGUCAACCCCGUUGCCGUCAAGGCUGUCGUUCCUGCUAUUCUCAACUCCAUUACCACCACUGGUAAGUGGGUCGAGAAGAUGAACUCUCUCCAACUUUUGGACGCUCUCGUCGAGACCGCUCCUUCUCAACUCUCUUAUGCUGUUCCCAGCAUUAUCCCCGUCGUUUCUGAGUCUAUGUGGGAUACCAAGCCCGAGGUUAAGAAGCAAUCCAAGGAGACCAUGACUAAAAUCUGCACUCUUAUCGCUAACGCUGAUAUUGAGCGCUUCAUUCCCGAGUUGAUCAACUGUAUUGCUCACCCCGAGGAAGUCCCUGAGACCGUUCACUCUUUGGGUGCCACCACUUUCGUUACUGAGGUCCAAUCCCCCACCUUGUCCAUUAUGGUUCCCCUUUUGGCUCGUGGUUUGAACGAGCGUUCCACUCCCAUCAAGCGUAAGACUGCUGUCAUUAUUGACAACAUGUCCAAGCUUGUCGAGGACCCUCAAGUUGUUGCUCCCUUCUUGCCCAAGCUUUUGCCCGGUCUUUACCACAUCAAGGACACCAUUGGUGACCCUGAGUGUCGUUCCGUCGUUCAACGCGCUAUCUCCACCUUGGAGCGCGUCGGUAACGUCGUCGACGGUAAGAUCCCUGAGAUCUCUACCGCUGCUGACCCCGAGGUUUGUUACGAGACCUUGAAGUCUAUCUUGGCUGAGAACAAGAUCCCCGUUCACAACCCCGUUGUUGCCAAGUACGUCGCUUCCAUUGCCGCUCAACUUGUUGAGGAGAAGGACAAUGAGAACGAGAACUGGGUCCUUUCCACUACCUCUUACUUGACCACCAUCGUCAACGAGGCCAACAUCCACAAGGUUGUCGAGGCUCUCCGUACCAAGUCUAUUGCCAAGAUUCCCGGUGGUGCUUCCCAAGCUGAGGAGGAGGAAGAGGGUGAGGACCUUUGCAACUGUGAGUUCUCUCUUGCUUAUGGUGCUAAGAUUCUUCUUAACCGUACUCGUCUUCGCCUCAAGCGUGGUCGCCGUUACGGUCUUUGCGGUCCCAACGGUGCCGGUAAGUCUACCCUUAUGCGUGCCAUUGUCAACAAGCAAGUCGAGGGCUUCCCUACCCACCUUCGUACCGUCUACGUCGAGCACGAUAUCGAUGAGUCCGAGGCCGACAUUCUUUCUGUCGACUUCAUUCUUAACGAUCCUGAUGUCACUAUCAAGAGCCGUGACGAGGUUAUCAAGGCCUUGAAGGACAACUCCUUCACUGACGAGCUUAUUGCUAAGCCCAUCGGUUCCCUUUCUGGUGGUUGGAAGAUGAAGUUGGCUCUUACCCGUGCCAUGUUCAAGAACCCCGAUAUUCUUUUGUUGGAUGAGCCCACUAACCAUUUGGAUGUUGUCAACGUCGCCUGGUUGGAGACUUUCUUGCUUAACCAAAAGGAUGUUUCUUCCAUCAUCGUUUCUCACGACUCUGGUUUCCUUGACCACGUUUGCCAAGCUAUUAUCCACUACGAGCGUUUCAAGCUUAAGAAGUACUUGGGUAACCUUUCCGAGUUCGUCCGCAAGUACCCUCCCGCAAAGUCUUACUACGAGUUGGGUGCCUCUGAGCUCGAGUUCAAGUUCCCCGAGCCCGGUUAUCUCGAGGGUGUCAAGACCAAGCAACGUGCUAUCAUCAAGGUCCAAAACAUGUCCUUCCAAUACCCCGGUACUACCAAGCCCCAAUUGGUUGACAUUACUUUCCAAGUUUCUCUUUCUUCCCGUAUUGCCGUUAUUGGUCCCAACGGUGCCGGUAAGUCUACUUUGAUUAAGGUUCUUACUGGUGAGCUUUUGCCCACUACUGGUGAGAUCUACCAACACGAGAACUGCCGUAUCGCCUACGUUGCCCAAGCUGCUUUCACUCACUUGGGUCACCACGGUGACAAGACUCCCUCCGAGUAUAUCCAAUGGCGUUUCCAAUCCGGUGAGGAUCUUGAGUCCAUGGACAAGGCUUCUCGCGUCAUCACUGAGGCCGAUGAGGAGGCUAUGAAGAACAAGAUCUUCAAGAUUGAGGGUACUCAACGUAAGAUUUUGGGUAUUCACAGCCGUCGUAAGCUCAAGAACUCUUACGAGUACGAGUGUUCUUUCCUUGUUGGUGAGAACAUUGGUAUGAAGAGUGAGCGCUGGGUCCCCAUGAUGUCUACUGACAACGCCUGGCUCCCUCGUGGUGAGCUUAUGGAGACUCACUCUAAGAUGGUUGCUGAGGUUGAUCGUGCUGAGGCUUUGAAGAGCGGUCAAUUCCGUCCCUUGGUCCGUAAGGAGAUUGAGGAGCACUGCAACCUCUUGGGUCUUGAGCCCGAGCUCACCUCUCACUCCCGUAUUAAGGGUCUUUCUGGUGGUCAAAAGGUCAAGCUUGUCUUGGCUGCCUGUACCUGGUUGCGUCCUCACGUCAUUGUCUUGGAUGAGCCUACUAACUACCUUGACCGUGACUCUCUUGGUGCCCUUUCCAAGGGUCUUAAGAACUUCGCUGGUGGUGUCGUCUUGGUUACUCACUCUCGUGAGUUCACUGAGGGUUUGACUGAGGAAGUCUGGGCUGUCAACAACGGUCACAUGACUCCUUCCGGCCACAACUGGGUUCAAGGUCAAGGUUCUGGUCCUCGUAUCCAAGAGAAGGAGGAGGCCGACCAAUUCGAUGCUUUCGGUAACAAGAUCGAAAAGAAGAAGAAGGUCAAGAAGCUUACUGGUGCUGAGCUCCGUAAGAAGAAGAAGGAGCGUAUGGCCCGUCGUAAGGCUGGUCUUGAUGUCAGCGAUGAUGAGCUUUAAUUUUCUUGUUAAUAGCUCUUCAACUGCGACUGUUUUGCAGGCAAGCAUCUCGCUUUGUAUGGUUUGAUUUUUGAUACGGUAGGUUGUCUAUAUUAGAACUCUUGAGUUAAGAGAGGAAGGGGUGUAGUAGUGGGCUGGAGUGUGUUUUAUUACUGUUGGCAUGUGUGGAAGCGGGUACUUGUUGGUGCGUAUCUUAUUGCUGUGUUCAUUUCGCUACUACGUGCCUGGGCCGUGGGACUUGUCGGUGUGUUGCGAAUGGAGUGGAGGAGGAUCCGAGGUUGGACGCCUCCUUGAGUUUCUCAGUACCUUCUUAUUUGCCCCGUGUCCGGCGAUUUGCCUACAUUUGUUUCCGUUCAGCUGGGUUUACGCGGAUGGUCUUGUCACGGUAUAAUUUACGGGCAAUUGUAAAGCCGGCGAUACCCACAGCAGUAGAAAUAGCAGCUGCAAGGGGUAACAACUCGAAAGGGAUUUUGAAUUUUGGCUUCAUAGUAUAAUAUUCUUUGAGAAAACUCCCGGACAAUCGCGUGGAGGAUAAACAAAGUGAUGGUGAUAAAAAUUUAUUACUUGUCGAGCUAGGUCAUGGCCAUGCAUGGUAAAGUCGUCCCGCCAACAGCAAUUGUCGACGUCAGCAAUGUGAUGACGACAGGCUGGUAGGCGAUUACAGCGUGUUGUUUGAAUGCAGUAAUAAAGACAGUGUGAGAUAUAGCAGAUUAACAGAUCACGGUGAACUGCGUUAAGUAAAAAUACAAAAUACUCGCUAAACAACGGUAAACGCGUUACGGUAAACCAUAAAGCACUAUUGCGCAACACUGCGCAACGCUGCGCUCCACUCUACCACCUUCCAGAACCCUCUCUUCUCCACCCCACUUCCCCCGCUGAGUGUCGAUUUUACGUCAUCUCAGUGUUGUGGAAGCCUCUGACAGACAACAUUACGUCAUAAGCGAUAUGCAGGAAGCAGUAACACGCGCCGUGGUGAAGGGGAAGCCGACGACAUCGUGAGCGAUAUACGAAUACUGUUUUGGACACAACAAUCAUAUCAACGUCUCGCUCGCCGUACGCCUGUGUGCAAACUUAACCUUCGCCAU